AUGUCCAAGUGCCGAUAUAUCAGGGGAAAUGAGGGAAGAAGCAUACAAAUACGUCCAGCACUCGCCUGCUCUGAGAUCCUCGUCAAGAAGCAAGCCGGAGUUCCCUUCCAACAACUUCGAUAUCAAACACCGUCAUACGGAGACUCCCAGCAAGUUGAUACAAUGUGGUCGCUUGAAGCUCUAUUCCUGGCUGGCCUUGCAUCAGGCCUGACCGUGGUUGAGCAUAAGCCCUUCAUGCGCAAGAACAUCGAUCCGAUUGUCUACCCCGGCCAAUACGUCUCCCACAUGCACUCCUUCUACGGCUCAGACGCCCUGACCAAAGACCUCCCUACAACAGCAGAACUACAAAAAGGAUGUCCUCCGGAGAGAACCCAAACGAUCUUUCUGUCUACUGUAUGCCAUCUGCUCCCCCCAUCCAACAAAGACCAGAAAAAAACACCGCAAAGACGGGCACCAACCCUCUACUACGUCAACGGAAACACCCACACGGAAAUCUACCCCGCCACCUUCAAAACCUACUACGAAAACAUCGACCGCGCCGAGAUCCCCUUCCCCCGCGACCUCGUAAUGGUGGCAGGCAACGCCUCUGCCAAAUCCCAAACCGACGUCCAGGAAAACCUCAACAUGAUCACCUGGUGGUGCGACGGCAACGGCCCCGAAGAUCGCAACCGGCGUGACCGCGCAGCCCUCCCGCUGUCGACUUGCUCGGCCCACCUACAGGCCAUCCUCCGGUUCCCGGACUGCGUCAACCCCGACAAGAUCUCCGAGUACACGUACGCCGCCGCCCAAGGGAACAAGUGCCCGGUUGGGAUGAAGAGGAUGCCUAGCUUGCGGUUUUCGAUCAGGUAUAAUACCCGCGGGGCUAUUCCUCAGGGGUGGAAGGGAGUGCCGCCUAUCAAGUUGGCUUGUGGGGAGGUUUGUUACUUGUUUUGUUGCGUUUGA